GAUAUAGAACCACACACACAGCUUGGCAAACUCAGCCUCCAUAUCUGCUUAAAGACAUAGCGAGCUUCUGCUGCACAUGGCUGCAUUUUGAACUCUGAAUCCUGCGAAUGUAAUGCAUCGAAACUCUUUCUCGGGGCCGCCCUUGCCCUCAAAGCCGCUAGAAUAUACGCCAGCUGAGCAUCUGCAACAUCAACAGCAACAGAUGCAGCAGUCGCGCGACAAGCAGUACUAUCCUGCACAAGCUCAAAUAGGAUCGUACUACGAUGAUCAUCAAAGUGAGCGCUUCUUCAGAGAACGGCUGCAGAAUGUACAUCUGUCAAGCGAACGCGUGCCCCAGAGCUACGCAGAGCAACCGCUUCCACGGCCGCGCAGCGCAAUACAAUACAAUGCUUCCCAGCCAAGGUAUGCCACACAACAGCAGACACUGCUGAAACAACCGCUUGUCGAGCCCUUCGAUAUUCAGGAGGCGCGGGGCCACCUGCAUCAUCCGCAACAAGACAUGCGGGAGAGGAGAAUGAGUACUGGCCAGCGUACAAGUCCGUCACGUACACCUACAAAUACUACUAUAAACUCAUCAGCCAGCAGUCUCCGGCCGCUGAGUGUUGCUGAUGCUGGCAGCAGUGUACGCACGAAUGAAACAGCUCACUCAAAAUCGUCGAGCAAAGCCUCUGCAGGAAGAAUCACGAGGAAGCCGGUAGUCCUUGACGUUGAAAUGGCACCUACACGACCGCUUCGCAAAUAUCACAGUCCCGAUGACUUGGACCGCUUGAUCCCUCGUAAAGAGGCUAACAGCGGAGCCUAUGUUCCUCGUCCCCUACCUUCUGAGUUGCGACUUCAACAGAAGAAAGCUGAGCAGCGCCCAUAUCCCAAUGCUUCGAGCCAAUCGACCCCUCGAGCCCUCUCACCUAUACAAACACAGUUUGCACCGCGAAACUUGCCUACAAGUCCGCAUACAAGCGACAGCUAUUCAUCGUUGCCCAGACAGAGCCCGCACAGUGCAGGCUAUCAAACGCUGACAAUGCCAACGUCGCCUAUGGAACAGCAACGGUUGGCCGGAUUUCGACCAAGGACCCCGCAGACGACGAGUCCACCAAGCAGACAAAAUAGCAUCCCAUUACAGAUGCCUAUGCAUCCCUCCCUCCUCAAGUCUCAAUCAAGUCCGGAAGCAUUCUUUCCUCAUGCUCAAUUGAGGCCGCAGUACACGGUGCGGCCAGGAUCCAUCUCACCUGAGCGAGGAGAGCAGAUCAGAAUGACGCGCAGCACACAAUACGAGGACAGGCGGAACUCUACAAGCUUUGUUCCAUCUUCUGUAAAUUCUUUGCCUUCGCCUCCGACUCACUCGCCGCAGAUGCCAGAACCUCUUUACAGGCACCCGAUUAGUGAGCUGGAAAGCUAUUAUCAGGGCAGGAUCCCUUCUCCGGAUCGUUCUACACGCUUUCCCGAUACGCCAUAUGAGUAUGAUGUUUCUUCGUCGCCUGUUGACGAGAUUGAUCGUCAAGCGACAGUUCCACCAGAGAUACAAGCACGACGUGGCAGACAGCGUGGCGAAGUCUUGAUUGAGUCUGAUCUACCGGCCAUGCCGCCACUCUUUGAAGCGCCGCCAGCCUUACAACCUCUGCCGCCUACGUCAGGUCCUGUACGGCACUUGCCUUCUGCCAGCCAAGCUGGACUGCAGCAAUCGCCUGUUGUUCCAUUAUCACCCAAAAAGCAAUCAUCUAGAGACAGCAUGCGUAUGGAACAUGAUCCGCUUCAGUCCAUCAAGGUGCUCCCAGUGGAGCCUGUUAAGCGACCUGCAUUGUGUCUUGAGGAACGCUUCCAUCCAACCAGCUUUGCCAAAUCGUCAAAACUCAAAGUCAAGGUCAGGGUGGGUCAAGUGCCCUUUGUCGCUGGUGGCGAGAUUUUCGGGUACUUGGAAAUAAGCUCAGAUGAAGGCUUUCGCGCAGCGCUUGGUAGUACACAGGUCCUUGUCGGUGAAAUUGGUGUGGAGGUACUAGGCUGUGAGGAGAUUUCUCAUCCAGAGACCGGUCAUGAACCACGGUCUCUGACAUUCUUAUUCGGCAAAAAAGUAUUUCAGGACCGAGCAGAUAUGCAUCCAAGUCGAUCGGGUCAACAGCAUGUUGUCACGAGUGCAGUGACGCUCAUGCCGCCACCUGAUGCGGAUGGCUAUCGCCAGCCAAGUAAAGGAACAACGGGCUUUCCCUUUGCCUUUGUGUUGCCAGUGGAUGCACCGUCAAGCGCUGAUUUGGGUAUUGCCAGAAUUCGCUACACGGUCACUGGAUAUGUCACAGUCAAGCUGCAAGGCUCAUUCGAAACCAUCGCGACGAGUCUUCCAGUGCGUGUAGUAGAAGCUUGGGACAUGCACAACCCAGUCUACAAUAACCCGGUUGAGGCAUCCCAGGGACGAGACAUUGCAAAUUACAAUGAAGUGUAUGUCAAUGCCAGCUUGCCGAAAUCGCUCUUCCUCGAAGGCGAUGAGAUGUAUGGGCAUAUUCGCAUUGCGAAUCACGGUGCCCGCAAGGUGCGUGAAGUCAAGUUUUACCUGAUGAAUCGCUUGACCUUCUUUGGUGACAAGCGGCAACAUGCACGAGAAGUGAAUCCAGCUGAUGACUGGUCUAUUGACUCUGAAGCUGUGUCAAUUGCUGAACCACAUCUCAUCACAAAGGGUUCUGAAAAUACAUGGCAGUUCAAGCUCGAGGUUCCUGAAGAUAAGUGCCUGACCAUUCGCAACACGGCAUUAUUCGAGGUCACACCAUUUGUUUUGGUCAAGAUAUCGACCGGUCCAUUGUUCAAGAGCAUCAAAGUGGCCUUACCCUCCAUCUGUAUUGCGGACCGUGCGAGCAUGAUUGAGGAUACUCAGGUCGCACCAACGCAUCGGUCGGGUGGCAAGGUCAAGUUCCUUGUGCCAAACCUGUACAAGUUUCAGCGAAUCAUUAACGGCGAGCCUCAGCUGGGACAAAUGGGUGGGGUUGAGACGAGUGACCUCAUGACCUAUGUCGAUGCGCAUGCACGCGUUCAGGCACUCUCAUAGGGGCGUAGCACAACGAGUCCAACAAAUGACAUAUUUCCAAAUAUUAAACA